AGGUAUUUUUUUUUAUUAUUUUGCGUGCCUGUUUCUGUUUACCGAUAGCGGUUCUCGAAUAACGUGGUAGACUUUCGACGAUUUUAAAUUUUUGAUAGAUAUAAACGUGUUUUAAAGCGUAUUUAAUAUGGGAAAACGUAAAGGUAUGCGCAACAAGCAGAACCCUUUCGCCAAAAGGAAACGCGAACAGAAGGAAAAGGGUCAAUCGGAACCAGCUCGUCGGGAUAAACCCUAUGAAGAUCUCGUUCGAGAAAAUGAAAACUUUGAGACGUACUACAAGCGUCAAAAUAUUGUACCAUCGGAAGAGUGGGAUAGCUUUAUGGAAAAACUGCGUGCUAAUUUGCCCACGACUUUCCGUAUUACCGGAUCCAAGAAUCAGGCCCAAGCCUUGUUAAAAAUAAUUAAGGAGAAAUUUUUUGCUGAGUAUUAUCGAGCAGUGGCGGAGUUGAAAGAACAUGGGGAAGAAAUUAAAGAGCCGCUAUGUCUGGGUUGGUAUCCAAACGAAUUCGCCUGGCAGCUGGAUCUUUCACGUAAGGAUAUCCGAAGAUCGGAACCGCUGUGGAAACUGCAUAACUUUUUGAUUGCCGAAACUAGUUCGGGGAACAUCAGUCGCCAGGAAGCAGUUUCCAUGAUUCCGCCUUUGGUAUUGGGAGUUGAGCCGCACCAUAAGGUGUUGGAUAUGUGCGCUGCACCUGGGUCAAAAACGGCUCAACUGAUCGAGGCGCUGCACUCGAAUUCUGGCGAAUGUCUUCCAACAGGAUUUAUUCUGGCUAAUGAUAUCGACAACAAACGUUGCUAUAUGUUGGUUCAUCAAGCCAAACGACUAAGUUCGGCUUGUUGUUUGGUCAGCAAUUGUGAUAGCUCGGCUUUCCCACAGCUGAAACUGAAAAACGAAGCCGGAGAGAUGGAAGAUUUGAAGUUCGAUCGGGUUUUGUGCGAUGUCCCUUGCUCAGGUGAUGGAACAAUGCGCAAGAAUCCUGACAUUUGGUCCAAAUGGAAUCUUUCUCACGCCAGUAAUCUUCAUGGGUUGCAAUAUCGCAUAGCUAGAAGGGGGGCAGAACUUCUGGAAGUUGGCGGAAAGUUGGUUUACUCAACUUGUUCCCUAAAUCCAAUAGAAAACGAAGCAGUUUUGCAUCGUCUGUUAGUCGAAGCUGGUGAUUCAUUGGAAUUGGAAGACGCUUCUCAUCUUUUACCAACGUUGAAGUUCAACAAAGGAAUUUCGUAUUGGGAGCCGGCCACGAAGGAUAUGACAUUUUACAAAACAUUUGAAGAAGUUCCAAACUCUCAGCGCACAGUUAUCCGCAAACAGAUGUUUCCACCAAAUCCGGAAGAUGCACCCAAGUACCAUCUGGAUCGUUGUAUACGGGUGCUGCCCCAUCAGCAGAACACGGGAGGCUUUUUCAUCGCACUGCUGGUGAAGAAAGCCAAACUUCCUUGGGAAUCGAGUAACGGUGCUUCUAAGGCCGUGGUGGUGGAAUCAGAAACCAAUGAAGCUGAUAAGGAAUCGUCUUCCGUGGUUGCCAACAAAAGUGGACCGGCUGAAAAGUCGAACCAAUCGAAGAAAAAAGAACGCCAGCAUCGUGGAUUCAAGGAAGAUCCAUUUGUGUUCUUCGACGGGGAAGAAGAAAUUUUCGCUUCCAUCAAGGAUUUCUACAAACUGAAUGAUGAUUUCAAGGCGAUCAACUUGCUUACUCGGUGUUUGGAAGGCAAAAAGAAAAACAUCUACUUCUGUUCGGACAUUCUACGAAGAGUGGUUAUAAACAAUGAACAAUCCAUCAAGUUCAUUAAUCUUGGAGUAAAAACAUUCGUCCGAUGCGACAACAGGAAUCGGUCCUGUGACUUCCGGCUUGCCCAGGAAGGAUUGCCUAGUAUCAACGGUUUUAUUGGGAAAAUUCGGAGGGCAACUCUCGAGCGGGACGACUUGAUAGCGCUUCUUUCGGCGAGUGAUCCUACCAAACCGCCCGAAAUAACUGGACUGAGUGAAUCGGCACAGAAAAGCGUACAGGAGCUGGAAGCAGGCAGUUGCAUAUUGCACUUUAACGAUGGUGAGCUGGAGCUAAUGUUGGUGGGCUGGCGUGGUACGAAAAGUUUGAGAGCGUACGUCGAUCAGCAUGACUCGGUCCACAUGUUGCGACUGUUGGGCGCUGACUGUUCUCGAUACGAAAAAAACAAAUUUGAGGAGAAAAAAGAAGCCGAGAACGCUGCCAACUAAUUGGUAUU